AUAAUCUGUUCCACCUCCCUGUCCCUUUCACUUCUGUCUUACCUUAGCUUGUCACUAUUUCCUUGUUACUCUGCUGCACCUGUCCUUACCUCCCAGCCACACAUCACUUUCUUUCUUUUUCUAAUCUUCUGCUUGUUUUUAUUGUAUUACUUUUCUCUAUCACUGCACAUAUCUUUAACAGAUUUGCCCUGGAGUGCAGCCACCUGCACAGCCUUACUCUCCUUCUAGGUUACUCGGUGUCCUAUCUAUCUAAUUAGAAUAUGUAACUGUUCUCAGGAGUAAACCUCCAGCUUGCGAGCACUGCUGCUGACUUGUACCUACUGCUCCAUCUCACCUCUAUUAGCUAGCUGUCUCUCCUGGUAGACGUCCACAUACAGCCAGAGCUCCCUUAGAAUGGCCACCCCAGGGGACAUUGGCACCUUUACAGUCUGGGACUAUGUGGUGUUCGCUUUGAUGCUGCUUAUCUCUGCUGUGAUUGGAAUCUACUAUGCCUUUGCAGGCGGUGGACAGAAGACCUCCAAAGAUUUCCUUAUGGGUGGCAGGAGCAUGACUGCUGUGCCAGUGGCUCUGUCGCUCACUGCCAGCUUCAUGUCUGCGGUGACAGUGCUUGGUACCCCCGCAGAGGUGUACCGAUUUGGUGCCAUGUUCAGUGUAUUUGCCAUCACUUAUACUUUUACAGUGCUGAUCUCAUCAGAGGUCUUUCUGCCGGUGUUCUACAGACUGGGCAUCACCAGCACCUAUGAGUACCUAGAACUUCGCUUCAAUAAACAUGUUCGACUAAUUGGAACAAUCCUUUUCAUUAUUCAAACAAUUCUAUAUACAGGAAUUGUCAUUUAUGCUCCAGCUUUGGCAUUAAAUCAAGUCACUGGAUUUCAUUUGUGGGGUGCUGUUGUGGCCACUGGAGUAGUCUGCACUUUCUACUGUACGCUGGGUGGUCUUAAAGCAGUUGUGUGGACAGAUGUGUUCCAGGUUGGCAUCAUGGUUGCUGGGUUUUCAUCGGUCAUCAUUCGAGCCGUGGUAGUCCAAGGUGGGAUUGGCCCUAUUCUAAAUGACUCAUAUUAUGGAGACAGGCUGAAUUUUUGGGAUUUUAACGCAAGUCCACUACAGCGGCACUCCUUUUGGACCAUUGUUGUUGGAGGAACAUUUACUUGGACGGGAAUCUAUGGUGUCAACCAGUCACAAGUGCAGAGAUAUAUCGCUUGCAAAACCAGAUUUCAAGCUAAAAUGUCCCUGUAUGUGAAUCUGGUAGGACUUUGGGCUAUCCUUGCCUGCGCAGUACUGAGUGGACUGGCCAUGUAUUCUAUUUACAAGGAUUGCGAUCCAUGGUCUGCCAAUUUUGUGUCAGCUCCAGAUCAGCUAAUGCCUUACCUUGCCCUUGACAUUUUGCGGGACUUUCCAGGACUUCCAGGACUAUUCGUUGCUUGUGCAUACAGUGGAACCUUAAGUACGGUGUCCUCCAGUAUUAAUGCUUUGGCUGCUGUCACAGUGGAAGACCUUGUAAAACCUUACUUCAAGUCCCUUAGUGAAACCAAGCUAUCAUGGAUUUCCAAAGGAGCAAGUCUCUCAUAUGGAGCAAUAUGUAUUGGCAUGGCAGGCUUGGCAUCCCUAAUGGGUGGCUUAUUACAGGCUGCUCUUUCCAUCUUCGGUAUGGUUGGAGGACCUCUGCUAGGUCUGUUUUCUCUUGGAAUCAUCUUCCCCUUUGCAAACUCUAUAGGUGCAUUGUCUGGUCUCCUGGUUGGUUUUACAAUUUCAUUAUGGGUAGGUAUAGGAUCUCAGAUUUACCCUCCUUUGCCCAUAAGCAGUUUACCCAAAUUCCUGUCAACUGAAGGCUGCAAUUUGAGCACUAAUGCUAACUGGACAUUAACAACUGCACUUCCCACAGUGACUGGUAUAUUGUCAGAAACUCAAGCUCAACUUGGGGAAAGACCUGACCUGGCUGAUAGCUGGUACUCCCUGUCAUAUCUAUACUUCAGUACAAUUGGAACAGUUGUUGCUAUUGUUGUGGGAAUAAUAGUUAGCUUAGCAACAGGUGGAUUAAAGCAAAAUAUAAAUCGAGAAUUUCUACUGACAGCUGAAGACUUCUCGUAUCUAAAAGUAUUGGUUCCUUCUUGUUGGACAAAGGAUAGAGAAAAAGUUGAAAUGCUUAACUGGAAACGUCAAGAUACUGAUCUCCAGGAGGAUAAAGGAAUGGACAACCCUGCAUUCAAUCAUAUGGAAAUGCAUAACACAGAGAAAAAUGAGAAGAUGAAUGGUGUUAAUCCUUGACUUUCCCCCCAAGCUGUGCUCUACAGUGUGUGAACAAAAGAAGAAAACGAUUUUUAUGGCACAGUAAUUGAUGUUGAAAAACACACUGAAUAUUCAUGUGAAUUGUUACACUUGCUCCAGAAGAAUAUUUGUGUACAUAUAAAAUUUAUAGAACUGGUUUUGUAUAAAAAAAAAAUGUUAAGAGGCAGCAGUGCUGCCAGAACUGCAAAUAUAUUGACUCAGGGGAAUCAUUCAUACUGUAUCAAAGCUUUGGAUGUUUGCUGUACAUUUUUAUAAAUUGUAGCUUGACUUGUUCUCUAUGUUUGUUAUGUAUUUUAUCCCUAUUUACUUUUAUAAAUAAGACAUAAAUGUG